AGAAUAAUGAUACUGAGGAUGAAGAAAGAUUAUGGAGAGACUUGAUCAUGGAGAGAGUCACAAAAUCUGCCGAUGCCUGUCUUACAGCUAUCAACAUUAUGACAUCACCCAACAUGCCCAAAGCUGUGUAUAUUGAAGAUGUAAUAGAAAGAGUUAUUCAGUACACUAAGUUUCACUUGCAAAACACACUUUAUCCUCAGUAUGAUCCUGUUUAUCGAUUGGAUCCACAUGGUGGUGGUGUGUUAAGCUCAAAAGCAAAGCGUGCCAAGUGUUCCACUCAUAAACAGAGAGUUAUAGUGAUGCUGUAUAACAAAAUUUGUGACAUUGUUAGUAGUUUGGCUGAAUUACUAGAGAUACAGCUUCUAACUGACACUACAAUUCUUCAAAUUUCUUCAACUGGAAUAACACCUUUCUUUGUAGAAAAUGUUAGUGAACUACAGUUGUGUGCCAUCAAACUAGUCACUGCUGUUUUCUCAAGAUACGAAAAACAUAGGCAAUUAAUAUUAGAAGAAAUUUUUACUUCACUUGCAAGGUUACCAACUAGCAAAAGGAGUUUGAGAAAUUUCAGAUUGAACAGCAGUGAUACAGAUGGGGAACCCAUGUAUAUUCAAAUGGUGACUGCAUUAGUCUUACAAUUAAUUCAGUGUGUUGUGCAUCUACCAUCAGGUGAAAAAGACUCUAAUUCUGAAGAGGAAUCAAAUAAAAAGAUUGAUCAGGACGUCCUCAUUACAAAUUCAUAUGAAACGGCUAUGAGGACAGCACAAAACUUCCUUUCUAUUUUUCUCAAGAAGUGA